UACCUCUCAGCGCUCUUUGUGAACGAUUUCAUGAUAUUUGCGGUGAUCACGACUGGAAGCAGUGCUGAAAAGGUCACCUCGCGGCUGACCCGGGCUACCGAUACUCCGGCUGCAAUUGACUGUAAGAUAAAGCCGUGGUCGCAGUGGACGCCUUGCUCGUCAUGUAGCAACAUUACGUCUCGCUUCAGGUAUCUGGAGCAAGCGUCACAGUUCCAGGGGACCAAGUGCCUCGGCAGCCAGUGGGAUCAAAGAGCCUGUUCCACAAAUGUGCCGUGCAAGCCCAAGUCCGCCUGUGGCGACGGCUUUACAUGUGAAUUAGGACGGUGUCUGAAGAAGGAGCUACGCUGUAAUGGGGAGAAUGACUGCAUGCUUGGCUCGGAUGAGGACGGCUGUGACGCAGAGGACCUCACUGAGAACAUGUGCACUGAUCUGACCCCCAUCCCGGGCUCUGAGGUCAGUGCCCGUGGUUACAAUGUUUUAACCGGCGACUUUGUCCAGAACGCGGUCGACCCGGAAUAUUACGGGGGACUCUGUGAGUACGUCUACAACGGAGAGUGGAGACGCCUGAAAUACGACGUUUUCUGCGAAAACCUGUACUACAACGAUGACGAGAAGUAUUUCAGGAAACCGUAUAAUUUCCUCACCUAUCGCUUCAUGGGUUAUGCCGAAUCCGGGGGGUCCAAUGAGUUCUACGAGGACGCCGUUAGCUUGUUGAAGGCCAGGAGGGAGGGAGGGUCCUUCAAUUUAGGAUUUACUGUUGGAAUUGAUAUGGUUGAAGUCGGCCUUUCUGGAAGCGAGCAGUCUGAGGCUUUGAAGAACAUAUCUGAGUACAAAGACACCAACCUGGGCUUCGUCAGGCUGGUAUCCAGAGUGCAGACGGCCCACUUUAAGCUGCGGAGCCGCGAUCUGAUGCUAGAUGAGGAGCUGCACCGCUCGCUCGCCGAGCUGCCGGACGAGUACGACUUCGGUGCAUACGCUCACGUCUUCAGCAUCCACGGAACGCACUACGUCACCUCGGGAGUCCUGGGGGGGGUCCUGGAAUACAUCUUAGUGGUGGACAAGAAGGUCAUGGAAAGAAAUGAAAUCACCGGGAAGAUGGCUGGAGACUGCUUUGGGGCGUCGCUGGGUAUAUCCAAGAUGGGAGCGGGAUUAUCAUUCAGCGGGACUUGGUGUGACAAGGAACAGACGUCUGGUCAAGAUAAGAAGUCGUCAGGCAGCUACAUCAAAGACGUAGUGAAUCUGGUCCGUGGGGGGAAGGUGCAGUCUGCGGGGGGGCUGCUGGCUGUCAGGAAUGAGGAGACGUACACCAGGUGGGGGGCGUCUCUGAAGCACAAUCCGCAGCUGAUGGAGUUCGAGGUACUGCCCAUCUAUGAGCUGGUUCGCUCCAGCACGGCGGCCCAACAGUUCCAAGGAAAGGUGGCCCACCUGAAGCGGGCCUGGGAGGAGUACCUGCAGCAGUUCAACUCCUGCCGGUGCGCCCCCUGCAGGAACAAUGGGCUACCUGUACUCCAGGGCACGGACUGCAUGUGCCUGUGCAAGCAGGGCUACGAGGGCUUGGCCUGCGAGAAGACGCAGCGCACGGGUCCCACUCAUGGAGGCUGGAGCUGCUGGGGCACAUGGUCAGGUUGUCAGUCUGGGACCCGGAGAAGAAGUCGUCAGUGCAACAACCCAGCUCCUCUCAACGAGGGAAGCCCCUGUUUGGGGACGCCCACACAGACCCAGGGCUGCUGAGGCGACUACAUCCAGCCCAGCCCUUAAACCCUACCCCAGCUCUGGCAUCAGAUCGGUCACUACAGGCUGCAUCUUAAUUCCAUAUAUGAACUAAUACCAUUCUGGUACUGCCUAUGCUUCAGCCCUCCAAGGUUGUGUGUUCUAUCCCAGCCCUGGUGCUGUUUCCUCCCUUUUGUUUUUACGUUUCCUCUGGCUACAUCCACCUGAAGAAUGUCCCAUUGCUUUGUGACACAAUUCCCAGAGUGGGCUCCUGACCCCUUUCAGCCUCCCGCCUUUUAUUAUGUUGGUUCUAACUUGCUUUGCCUGCUUUUUUCGGGUGUAAAUCAGCCAUGUGACUGGGGUAUGGGACCCGUUUUAUUGGUCUGUCAAUGAAAAUGCCAAAUUAAACUCUGAAAAACAAA